CUGGCGGCCCCGGCGAGUUGGGUGGAAAGUUGGCUUUUGCCAGAUCCCGCCGGGGCCCGUCUUUGUGCCGCGCGGUCAGCCCCGCAGUCCCCCAGAACCGGGCCAAGUGAGCUCAGCACCAAGUGAUGGACAACCUGCAGGCCCAGAACCUCGCCAUGGACUUGACCGACUCCCCUCCCGCCUUGGCCAAUAACAGACUGGAGAAUGGGAUGGCCCAGCUGAUCACCACCGAGGCCUGGAACAUCAACUCCACUGACCUGGUAAAGAAGGCCCUGGUGACCGUGCCGGCCCCGUCCAUGCUGAACCCCCCUGCCGAGUCACAGAGCGGCAUGGCUCUGAAGGUGGCAGCCACCGUGCUACAGCCGCUGUGCCUCGGGGAGAGUCCAGUGGUGAUGCCCAUUCACAUGCAGGUAGAAGGAAGCUCUGCACCCGAGCUCAACCCCAAUGCCAAUGCCACCUACGUCAUGACCGCGCAAGGCCCCGUUCAGCUGCCCGUGGUCCUGGAGCAGCACGUCUUUCAGCACCUCAACUCCCCUCUGGUCCUGCCCCAGGAGGGCCCCUGCUCCUCCAGUGCCAUCCACAACAACCUCUUCCCGGGAGCCGAAGACCCCGAGGUGCAGCCUCAGCUCCUGGACCUGAGGCUCCCCAGCCAGCCCCAAGAGCCCACACUGCCCUUUGAAGCUGUGCUCCAGAAUUUGUUUCCCGCCCAGGGUGCUCUCGGUCCCCCACCCUGCCAGCCUCCUUCGGGCUAUCCUUCUGUGUCCCCCCAGACCUUUAACUCCCCCUUGUCACCGCUAGUCCCACCGGCCACCCUCUUGGUGCCCUACCCUGUGAUCGUGCCCCUGCCAGUGCCGGUCCCCGUCCCCAUUCCCAUCCCAGUGCCUCAGAGUUCCGAAGCCAAGUUCAGCCCCAGUUUCCCCAAGCCACCAUCCUCCUUCAGCCUGCACCCCUUUAAAGGCCCCCAGACCCCUCUGGAAAAGGACGAACUGAAACCCUUCGACUUCCUCCACCCCAGAGAGUAUUUCCAGCUCAGCCGCCAUACGGUCAUCAAGAUGGGGGGUGAGAAUGAGGCCCUGGAUCUCUCUAUGAAGUCGGUGCCCUGGCUCAAGGGUAGCCAAGGCUGUCCCCCAACCUGCCAGGAAGAUACAGUGUUAGACCUAUCGCUGGCAACCCAUCGGAAAGUUGAGCCUCCCCCAGAGCCCCUAUAUGACAGCCGCGUGUUAGCAAGCAGCCCAGGCCGCCCCUCAAUGGAGAAACGUCCCAGUGGCACGGAAAUGCCCUUUCCCAUUGCCACAUCCCACGCAGCUCCCACCAUAAUGGAGAACUGCAUCAGCAAUCACGAUGUCCCUGAGAUGCGGAGCAAACCUAAGCACACCAGCGGUGAGGUCAAGGCCGAAGAUAGCAUGGAGAUUGUGAGUGAGUCCCAGGCAGCCAAGGUCAUUGUCUCAGUCGAAGACGCUGUGCCCACCAUCUUCUGUGGCAAGAUCAAAGGCCUCUCGGGGGUGUCCACCAAAAACUUCUCUUUCAAAAGGGAAGACUCCAUGUUGCAGGGCUACGAUAUCAAUAGCCAAGGCGAAGAGGCCAUGGAAAACACAGAGCCCCAUAGGAAAUCGGUAAAGAACCGGAACAUAAAGUUAAAGAAAGUGAACUCCCAGGAAAUCCACAUGCUCCCGAUCAAAAAACAACGGCUGGCCACCUUUUUCCCCAGAAAGUGAAGAAUGGCUUUUUAAAAUUUUUAGGAUUAUAAUAUGGGGGAAGGUGCAUUGGUUUUAUAAAAAGGCAUUUAAAACAAAUUAUCUUUGUUAAUUAUUUCGGGGAGUAGUGGGGCAGAGGGGGCGACAAAGCGGCUCUAGAAGCCUGUAAGCUAGGAUCAUUUUCUUUUUUUAAUUGUUGACUUUUCACAAAUGAAUAAAUAAGAGCAACCUAUUUUUCAAGCAGAUUGCACAUUUUUUGCAGCUUUAAUGGAAUAUUGGGUGAAUCAGAGGGGGUUAAAAAAAAAGCUAUUUUCAUUGCCACAAAGUGCUUUGAUGAUGUAAUACCUAAUAAAGGGUAGGAUGAAUAUUUCACAAUAAAUGUUUGUUUGCACUAA